AUGAAUCGUACCAGUGUAUACAAGUGGUGUAGGGAGUUUAAAAACGGCCGUAAAAAUGUACAUGACGAUCUGAGGAGUGGGAGACUGUCGGUUUUGACUGACGACAUUAUGAAAAAAGUCGAGAAUGCGGUCCGUGACGAUCGCAAAUUGACUCUGGAUGAACUUUCUGCAAUGUUUCCGCAACUGUCAAGGUCUCUGCUACACGAAACARUCACAGAAACUCUUGACUUUCAUAAACUGUGCGCAAGAUGGGUCCCAAAACAGCUUACUGAUCAACACAUGUUGAAUCGAGUCCAAGCCUCUAGAGAGUUUUUGGAACGCUAUGAGCUGGACGUCGAUAACUUUCUCAAGUCUAUUGUUACUGGARAUGAAACUUGGGUUGCACACUAUAAACCYGAAACUCAAGCAAACAAUUCAAAACCACCAUUUCAGCCAAAAAUUCAUGGCAUCAGUGUUUUGACACCACAAAGGCAUCAUUUUGAUUGA